GCCCGCCCGCUCCUCUCUUUCUCUCCCCCUCAGUCGCCUCGCGCCUGCAAGUGACCAAAGACUUGACCACUCAAAGUCCAGCUCCCCAGAACACUGCUCGACAUGGACACCGGUGUGAUUGAAGGUGGAUUAAAUGUCACACUUACCAUCCGGCUACUUAUGCAUGGAAAGGAAGUUGGCAGUAUCAUCGGAAAGAAAGGAGAAUCUGUGAAGAAGAUGCGGGAAGAGAGUGGUGCACGUAUCAACAUCUCAGAAGGGAAUUGUCCGGAGAGAAUUAUCACUUUGGCUGGACCCACUAAUGCCAUCUUCAAAGCUUUUGCUAUGAUCAUUGACAAACUGGAAGAGGACAUUAGCAGCUCUAUGACCAAUAGCACAGCUGCCAGUAGACCCCCAGUCACCCUGAGGCUGGUGGUCCCUGCUAGUCAGUGUGGCUCUCUCAUUGGGAAAGGUGGUUGCAAGAUCAAGGAAAUACGAGAGAGUACAGGGGCUCAGGUCCAAGUGGCGGGGGAUAUGCUCCCCAAUUCAACUGAGCGGGCCAUCACUAUUGCUGGCAUUCCGCAAUCCAUCAUUGAGUGUGUGAAACAGAUCUGCGUGGUCAUGUUGGAGUCCCCUCCGAAGGGCGUGACCAUCCCGAACCGGCCCAAGCCGUCCAGUUCUCCGGUCAUCUUUGCAGGUGGUCAGGCCUAUACCAUUCAAGGACAGUAUGCCAUUCCACAGCCAGAUUUGACCAAGCUGCACCAGUUGGCAAUGCAACAGUCUCAUUUUCCCAUGACGCAUGGCAACACCGGAUUCAGUGCAGGUUUGGAUGCAUCUGCUCAGACUACUUCUCAUGAACUCACCAUUCCAAAUGAUUUGAUUGGCUGCAUAAUCGGGCGUCAAGGCGCCAAAAUCAAUGAGAUCCGUCAGAUGUCUGGGGCGCAGAUCAAAAUUGCGAACCCAGUGGAAGGAUCUACUGAUAGGCAGGUUACCAUCACUGGAUCUGCUGCCAGCAUUAGCCUGGCUCAAUAUUUAAUCAAUGUCAGGCUUUCCUCGGAGACGGGUGGCAUGGGGAGCAGCUAGAACAAUGCAGAUUCAUCCAUAAUCCCUUCUGCUGUUCACCACCACCCAUGAUCCAUCUGUGUAGUUUCUGAACAGUCAGCGAUUCCAGGUUUUAAAUAGUUUGUAAAUUUUCAGUUUCUACACACUUUAUCAUCCACUCGUUUUAAUUAAUUUAA